AUGCCUCAAAGUGGUAGUACAGGCGUUUCCGUAGAAGCGGUCGAUCCCAGAUAUGUUGAAGCAAACUGGACGACCCGACCCGAAAUGGUGGUUGGCUGUGUAGAUAUAAAUACACAACAAAGUUUUGAGGCAUUGAAUCAAAGGGCUGUGACUGUUGUUGUUGAUCCGAUACAGUCUGUCAAAGGCAAAGAUGUUAUUGAUGCUUUCGUCUGA